AUGGUACCCCCUCCUACCUAUCCAUAUGGCAUGCCCGCGUGGUAUAACCCACAAGCCGUCUGUGCUUAUCAUUCAGGGGCCCCCGGACAUGCAACCAUUGAUUGCAAGGCUCUAAAGCAUAGAAUUCAAGAUAUGGUUGAAGCCGGGGAGAUUGUAAUCCGAAAGAGGGAGGCACAAGGGCCGAAUGUAAAUAGGAACCCCUUGCCGGAACACGCUAAUACCAAUGGGGUCAUUCUGGACGACGCGGAGUACGUGGAACAAGUCAAAAAGAUAGUAAGGGAAGCUGAAGUGUUUGGGGUCACGGACCAACCAUUUGUCAUAGAAUUGCCAUUUGAAGAGGAUGAAAAGCCUUUUAUCUUGGAUCUCACGCCAGCUGAGAGGGCGGUUUUGGAGCCAAUAGUCGUCGAAUUCCCGAAGCAGGAGCCUGUCCUGAGUCUGCAACAAGUGCCAUGGAACUACGAUGAACCUGUCAUACAGAUUGGAGAAAAGUUAAUUGCGAAGGAAGAAGUGUCAGCGGUCACCAGAUCGGGGAAGGAUGCAAGUCCAUUUGAAGCUGCCAUUCCAUUUCAAGCAAGUAAUUCCGAGCCACCUGCUAAGCCAACAAUCACCGAGAAAGAAGCAUUGGAUUUUCUUAAGAGGCUCCAGAGAAGUGAAUACAAUAUAGUCGAGAAGCUAAGCAAGUCGCCCGCUCAAAUAUCCAUGUUGGAUUUGCUCUUUUCAUCAGACACGCAUAGGAAUGCAUUGCUUGAAGUGUUGACUAAAGCUCGAAUCCCUAAGGACAUUUCAGUUGAUAAUUUCUCACAUGUAGUUGGGAAUGUGUUAUUCACCAAGCAAAUUGCUUUCUCAGACGAUGAAUUGCCGGCGGAAGGGACCGUAGUCCGAGGUUUUGAUGGAGCACAAAGAGAGCCAAUAGGAGAAGUGGAUUUAGUCGUCGAGAUGGGGCCUGCCCAGUUUCAAAUAACCUGCCAAGUCAUGCACUUUCCUAGUGUUUACAAUGUUCUGCUUGGAAGGCCGUGGAUUCAUAAGUCUGGGGCUGUGCCUUCUUCAUUACAUCAAUUGCUGAAAUUCGUAGUAAAUGACAAGCUGAUACCUAUCUUUGCCGAGGAGGAUUGCCUUGUAAUUACCGAUUCUGAGUGCAAAGAAGAGAGUAGCCGAAAUGCCACCGUGACCCCUUAUAGCACGGCUGAUAUUGUCUCCGUCAGUUGGAUAACAAAGGAGGAGCGAGCUCUAUCAAAGGCCAGUGUCAUGAUGGCUAAGGAAAUGAUCCGCGGAGGAUAUGAAUUUGACAAAGGGCUGGGACGAGACUUGCAAGGAAUUCGGAAGCCAGUGGAGAUUGUGGAGAAAAAGGAUUCAUUUGGUUUGGGUUUCCGACCGACUACUAAAGACAUUAGAGAAAUGAAGGAACGAAAGAGAGCGGAGAAAGAAGGAAGGCAAAUGGCCCUUGACAUUCCACCCCUGCAUUAUACUUUUCCACGACCAACCGAGGUAAUCAUGUCAGAGCUUAACCCGGUCGACGAAAUUGAAGCUAGUUUGGCCCAAUUGUUCGUUGGGGCAACAUUUGAAGACAGUUUCCCAGAUGAGGCCGAGUUUCCCGACAUCCCUGAAGGAUCAAUUUCUAAUUGGACAGCCGAGUUUCUGCCCAUUCGAAAGGAGUUUCGGUAA